GGAGGGUGCAACAUGGCGGACCUAGUAAAAUAUACUCGGCGAGAGAGAUAUAUGGUCCGCAUGUUCAACUACAUAUUGUUCAAGGUCGAGGAGAGGUCAAAGGAUGAGUGGAACGCAGACUUCUUCAUCGGUUAUACGAUAAUCAUGGAGAGGUAUAGCAAAAACGGCCUCACCAAUUUGAAAUGGACCGAGGAACGCGACCCCAUCCCUGACGACAAGGCGAGGAAAGUGUCGAGGCGUUUGGACGGUCCUGAUGAGAUAAAUGGCGAGAACGGUGCGGGGCUGGAGGCAACCCAAGCCAUGUACAAGGAAACCCCGUUCCACCUCAAGUGUUUCAUCUAUGAGGCGAUCGAUCGCUUGGACGAACUCUGGGCUGAGGUAAAUCGGAUGUCCUGCAAUGCUCGUCACAUCUUUUGGGAAGUUGGGAAAAGGAUCACAACGAUCAUGCCGUAUGAAAUCGAACCGAAGGGAGUGCUCACCGAUAACGAGGAGGUUGUCGGUACGGCGAAGGGAAUGAGGAUACGAGCAGCUACUCUUGAUAUGUCAACAUCACCCAAGCGUGUUCCGUGGGAUGAUGGCGCUUUUUCCAGACUGCAUGAUUUCCUCACGACGUGUUGUGGCGAAAACUGGGCAUUGAUCAUUUUCGCGCCGAUGAAGCACCAGAGACAGGUGAUGCAGAAAGUGUACAAGUGGGACGAUGUCGAGGUGCUCACCGGGUCUUGGUACAAACACUACACACCGUCGACGACCGUGAACAGGUAUGGCAACAUUGCGGUUCGGUACAUUGACAUGAUGGCUAUUGUCCUCCACGCCGAGAACCGCAACUUGAGCAAUAUAACGAUUGCGCCGAAAUUGCGAGCGGAGCUCACAAAUUUGAACAUUGAAGAGGGUGAAUUUGUGAGGUGCUCAAGGGAGUGUAUCGGUGUGGAUGGCGACACUGAAGCGGUUUAUUCUUGGAUGGAACGAGAGCCUGCACGUCUCCGGAAGCUAUGCAGCUCGUUCAUCAGGGAGGAUGACGGCAUGAUGCUGCUGGGCAGGGCGCAUGCGGGACUGAUAUGGGAACUGGCUAAGGCCGGACACCACGUGUUUGCAUGCGACGACACGACAAAGGAGCUCACCUACCUUUCCAAGUUCUUGGAAUUCAACGYRAASGACCCGAGGAACAAAUGCAAGUUCGAAAAGCCCCAAGUCGAGCACCGCAAGGACCGGGACAUAUACUWCAAGCUCGGUAGGAAAAGGGAUAAAGUGUGGGCUUACUUGUUCGGUGACGCUCCACAGUCGGCAUUUGAUAACGACUACGUCCUCAGGAAAAGCGAAAUCGAGAUGGCAAUGAACGAGUACCACGACUCCCACAUGGGUGCUUUCCACAUGUUCAUCGCACGUUGCGAGCAUCUCUAUUUCAAUAUGAAGAAAAGAGCACUGGACAGCCGGGACUAUGCAGACUUAGCACGUAAAGCCGGCAACUUCAACAACAUCGAUUGCGACGAAGACACAUCAGACUCCGACCUGGACAUCCCAUCGCGCGCAGCACGAGGUGCGGUGGGGGAACGUCUGGAGUAGAGCGGCAGGGGAGCACCAAUGGACCUGCGGAGAGGCCGAGCUCGA